AUGGGCAGGCAUAGCCAAUACUUGACAGCUGCAGCCUUGGGUUUGGUUUUUGUAUGUGCUUUGUUUGUAAGUGGUGGAAAUGCACAAGAAGCAACCACUCUUGUUCCAGCCAUCAUGACCUUUGGUGACUCUGCAGUUGAUGUGGGCAACAAUGACUAUCUCCCAACUAUCUUCAAGGCUAAUUACCCUCCAUAUGGAAGGGACUUUGUCAACCAUCAGCCUACUGGCAGGUUUUGCAAUGGGAAGCUAGCCACUGACAUCACUGCUGACACUCUGGGGUUCACGACUUACCCACCGGCAUACCUUAGCCCACAGGCAUCAGGGAAGAACCUUCUGAUUGGAGCCAACUUCGCUUCAGCUGCAUCCGGUUACGACGAAAAAGCAGCAACUCUAAAUCAUGCAAUCCCAUUGUCCCAGCAGCUACAAUAUUUCAGGGAAUAUCAGGGUAAGCUGGCCAAGGUAGCAGGCAGUAAGAAAGCAGCAUCCAUCAUCAAAGAUGCACUCUAUUUAUUGAGUGCUGGCAACAGUGACUUUCUUCAGAACUAUUAUGUCAACCCUUAUCUUAACAGAGUCUACACUCCUGAGCAAUAUUCCUCUAUCCUUGUUGGCCUCUUCUCAAGCUUUGUUAAGGAUUUGUAUGGCUCGGGAGCCAGGAAAAUUGGUGUGACUUCACUCCCUCCAUUGGGUUGCCUUCCAGCUGCAAUCACCUUAUUUGGAUACCAUGAGCAAGGGUGCGUGGCUAGAAUCAACUCUGAUGCCCAAGGGUUCAAUAAGAAGAUAAGCUCCGCCGCAGCAAAUCUCCAAAAGCAACUUCCUGGCCUUAAGAUCGUCAUCUUCGACAUUUUCAAGCCUCUCUAUGAUGUGAUUAAAGCCCCAUCGAAUUACGGGUUUGCGGAAGCAAGGAGAGGUUGCUGUGGAACUGGGUUUGUAGAGACAACAUCACUGCUGUGCAAUCCACACUCGAUCGGAACUUGUUCGAAUUCGUCUCAAUAUGUGUUCUGGGAUAGCGUCCAUCCAUCUCAAGCUGCUAAUCAAGUUCUUGCUGAUGCAUUGAUUAUCCAGGGCAUCUCCCUCAUUGGAUGA